GAACGAGCCAAAACUGGUUUUACCCUUGGGCUAGCCCAUCGAUCUUCCGAGACGUUGACUCAGGGAAUCACUUCUCCGACGCCAGCUGGAACACUUGCCAUCAAGGGGUAACGUAAUAAAUAGCCUACAUCGCCCUUGCUAUGUAGCUUGCGAAGGUAGAUAUUAUCCCGCAGAUGAAUUGAUAUCAAAGUGACUUUCACAUCCUCGUUCCCAUUCUCUCGUAUGUCCAUUCGAGGACCCUUUGUUCGUUCUGCAUCUGUUGGAGGCGGCGCUUCCGUUCCUCUCCUUACGGGAACCCCACCUGCGCCUACAGGACUGUCUAGCCCACCAACCUCAACUUCGUCAUCUAACUACUCAUCGGAUGGGACCCAGAGCACGAAUCAGCAUAAUGCACAAUCGUCAACAAGUCCGUCAUCCUCGCCGACGACAUCCGGACAAACCUCCAGCGCCUCGGUUGACAUGCCAUUCCCAUCAUCGUCACUGUCAGAUGGCACGUUAACUAAUUAUAAGGGGUUAGAGCCAAGCACGGAUACGUUAACAUCCAUUUCGUCUUCUUCACACUCAUCGAUGAGCACUGGUGGAGGAGCAUUGACAAAUGGCCCACCGUCAGGCGGCACUACCUUACCGCCACCUGUAAGCACGGGCGGGACAACUCCUCAAAACAGUCCUACUACUUUUGGCCCUCCAAACAGUGGUCCCGCUACAAGUGUCUCACCUUCAUCGAUAUUCACCUUGCUACCUUCAACCAUACCAACUUUGCUACCUUCAUCCAUACUCACCUUACCACCUUUAACCACAUCGACUUCGCCACCUUCAUCUAUACUCACCUUGCCGCCGUCAACCAUACCAACCUCACCACCUUCAUCCAUACUCACCUCACUGCCUUCAAGUAUACCAACAUCGCUACCUCCACCACCCACACAGAAACCAUCUGCACCAUCGACCACGAGCCAGUCCAGUACUCUACCGGGACAGGAGACAAGCUCCAAGGCAUCUUCAUCCACGACCUCGCCAAUUGUAGGCAAUCCCACUACAACUUCUUCUACACCUAGCUCCUCCGCAGAUAAGCCAUCUACAACUUCUUCUACACCUAGCUCCUCCGCAGAUAAGCCAUCUACAACUUCUUCUACACCUAGCUCCUCCGCAGAUAAGCCAUCUACAACUUCUUCUACACCUAGCUCCUCCGCAGAUAAGCCAUCUACAACUUCUUCUACACCUAGCUCCUCCGCAGAUAAGCCAUCUACAACUUCUUCUACACCUAGCUCCUCCGCAGAUAAGCCAUCUACAACUUCUUCUACACCUAGCUCCUCCGCAGAUAAGCCAUCUACAACUUCUACACCUAGCUCCUCCGCAGAUAAGCCAUCUACAACGUCAGACACGAAUCUCUCCACUCCUUUACCGAAUACACAGACAUUCAGUCAGCAGUCAACUUCGCCGACGACCUUCACAACUUCACACACUACAACUCCGGGGCAACAUCCAUCCAUCCAAAAGUCAACUUUGCCGACGACCUCCACAACUUCAGACACUACAACUCCGGGGCAACGGACAUCUAGCCAACACCCAACUUUGCUGACGACCUCCACAACUCCAGACACUACAACUCCAGGACAACGGACAUCUAGCCAACACUCAACUUUACUGACUACCUCCACAACUCCAGACACUACAACUCCGGGGCCACGGACAUCUAGCCAACACUCAACUUCACCUUUGACCUCGCCAACUUCAAGCAAUCCCCAAAAUGCAUCUCCCACAUCUAGCACCACAUCAAGUACUAGCUCAUCGAUACAUGGUCCUGCUACCCUCGCCAGAGACAGUGUCGGGUGCACAAUCUUCCCAUACACCGCAAUCUCCCAGCGGAAGUGCUGUGAACACUCCAAUCCCGACUGGGAAUGGUUUGACAUUCUCGUCCGCAGAUUCACCUACGCCCUCUGGCGGUCCUGUGGGCAACCCGUCUUCCACUUAUCUUAGCUCGCCCCUCACCGGAGUUGCAGAAAAUGUCAUGAGCACGACGUCGCCCAUACCACCGAGUGGGGACACGUUCUCUUCGAUCACCUAUACAUCGAUUGGUACCUCCACUAUUAUAGCAUACUCCUCUUUU